UUAAGCCUGCGGUCAUGUGAUUGGACCAAGAUGGCUUUCCCCAGGCUGUUUCGCCUGCUGCUGAGUGCGGCGCUCCUCCAAUGGCUCUCUCCGGCCUCAGCCUCUCCACUGACCGAACCGCCGCAGGAACCACUGCCGCUGGUCAUCUGGCACGGGAUGGGAGACAGCUGCUGUAACCCCUUGAGCAUGGGGGCCGUUAAAAAAAUGGUUGAGCACAAAAUACCAGGAAUUUAUGUUUUGUCGCUGGAGAUUGGGAAGACUCUGAUUGAGGAUAUGGAGAACAGCUUCUUCUUAAACGUGAAUCACCAGGUGACACUAGUGUGCGAGAUGCUCACCAAGAACCCCAAGCUGCAGCAAGGCUACAAUGCCAUGGGAUUCUCCCAAGGUGGCCAGUUCCUGAGGGCAGUGGCCCAGAGAUGUCCAUCACCUCCCAUGAUCAAUCUGAUUUCUGUGGGCGGACAGCAUCAAGGUGUUUAUGGGCUUCCUCGAUGUCCAGGGGAGAGCUCUCAUUUUUGUGACUGGCUCAGGAAAACACUGAAUGUGGGCGCCUACAGCAAGGGUGUUCAGGAAAGCUUGGUACAAGCAGAGUACUGGCAUGACCCGAUAAAGGAGGACCUCUACCGCAACAAAAGCAUCUUCUUGGCUGACAUCAACCAGGAAAGGGGCAUUAACGAGACCUACAGGAAGAACCUGAUGACCCUGAAGAACUUUGUGAUGGUGAAGUUCCUCAACGACUCUGUUGUCGACCCUGUGGACUCAGAGUGGUUUGGAUUCUACCGAAGUGGCCAGGCCAAGGAGACCAUCCCCUUACAGGAGACUUCCCUGUACACACAGGACCGCUUGGGGCUUAAGGAAAUGGACAAAGCAGGCAAACUAGUCUUCCUGGCUGUAGAGGGGGACCACCUUCAAUUCUCCGAGGAAUGGUUUUAUACAAAUCUCCUUCCAUUCUUGGUGUGACAUUCUUGCUUCAUUUCCAUGGCAACUUGGUGGGGAGGGGUUGGGGUGGGGGGUUCAAUCAAGACUGUACUCUGCCCUUAGAUGCAACUAACCCUGCCUUCCUUUCCUCAUCUGACACUGCCCGAGGAGAUAGAUCCUCAUCUUAUCUGCUCCCUGCUCAGGCCUAAUCCUGCUGCCAUAUGGUAGGGAGUCCAAGUUUCAUUAGCUAAUGAGUAGGAGGAUUGUUUUACGUGUCCUUGACUGUGGUUAAACCUAGUUCUAGGUUAUAGACUGCUCUGCAGAAAAAUUGGGAGCAAGACAGUAACUGCUAGAAUGUGACUGAAUUGCAGGGGCCAACCUGAACUAUAACGACAUGGUUACAGCACAGAAACAGUCCACUUGGAAAUAGCUCCUUUCUCUGGCCAAGAAUAGAGCCAAAUGAGGUGAUGAAGUGAUCUGACUUGUCUGGGUUUUCAGUUUUGCCAGUGGAGUAAGGAAGUAGGGGAGCUCUCGGAGUUUAGUUGGAAUGCCUGUGGUGGUCCCUGGUCAAGUACAACUGAUCCUGCUGUCCUGUUUGAAAACAAAUUCAACAAAGUGCCAAACAAAACAAGCCUUUUGGCACAAGAGCAGAGUGGGGGAGGAGACAAUGGGGUCCUACUCCCUGGAGGAUUAGACCGCUUCCAAAUUGGUCCAAUUUUCAGAGCGUGCUCCGAGUGACUGCUAAAGCCUCUCCUCACUGUGCUUCUAAUCAUUGGAGCAAUGAAAGUAUUAUCUCUCUUUUGACUGCUUCGUGCAAAGGCUCUCAAACAGGAGACAUAUGUAUAUCAUACCCUGGAGGUGAAACAAGCCUACACCAUCUUGUCCCAUACCCAUCCUGAGAUCCCUGUUCUUUAGGUGGAAAAAUUUUUUGUUUUUAUUAGCUUUUCUGAAAAAUAAAAGCACUGGUUUCUUACUUGCUA